CCGUAUUUUCUCUACCUUUGAUCUGUUUUCAAUGAGCUUUUCUUGCUGAGGAUGUUCUUUGUUGCUGCCUAGAAAGUGAGUCUCUCUCGGUUCGAGCUUGCAAAGGGGAAAGGAAGAUGAUCGAGGACGUGAUUCGCGAUCCAGAACAAGUGCAACUUCCGAUCGAAGAGCUUUCAAGCCCUCUAAAUCCUCAGUUACUUGAGUAUUGUGAGGCAGAGUUAUUAGGAGGCGAAAUCAUACAUACUUCUGAGACCACCUCAUGCUCAAAUCGUUGCUAUGAAGACAACGCCUUCAGCACUCAACUUUGCUUGCCUCCAGACACUGAAAGCAUCAACAAUUUUCAAGACAGCAAUGGCAAUUGCAAUGUCAACAACAACACAUUGAUCACAGAUCUAUCUGACAGCAAUAACAUCUCCACAAAUAUAGCUCAUAACGGCAAUUCCAAUUUCUCGACGAUCUUUGACGAUUCCACAGUUGAUGAAGUCGAUGAUAUCUCUGCCUCAAUCGACUUCUCCACCUCCCCUCCCUUUUAUGUCCCUCCAUUCCCCAGCUCCACUCAACAAGAGCAUCAAUUUGACUUCUCUCCAGCACAACCUGAAAUCCCGUUACCCGAUCACAUCGUUAACAGGGUUAUUUCCCCGUACCCACCGCCGUCGACCAACCAAGCAGGAGCAAUCCUGCGCCCAGCUAUGCCCCCGAUGAUCGAAGACUGCCUAUCUUCGGUCCAAUCUUAUAUCCCUUUGAGCCGGCCAUCAGCUACUUGCGCUUUUCUAGGCCCAAACAACUGUGGGACAUAUAGUACUGUGCCUGGGCAUUUGAGUGCUUCCUUAUGUGGCGACACUUCUGGGAUGUUCAUGGGAAGUCUUCUUGAACUCCAAGCACCAGAGCUGGAUUUUCGGGGAGAUAGCACUGGGAUUUAUUACCCAAACCCAAACCAACAGAUGCUGAUCAAUCCAGGCGACAUACAGGCACUUAAUAUUGAAAGUCAAAAGCUGGUUAAUGGCCCGGCAAGCUCUUCUUCACCAUUAGCGACAGAGGUUUCAAGCUUUGAGGACUCAUCAUAUAAAGUGGGGAAGCUCUCCAUUGAGGAAAGGAAAGAGAAGAUCCAUAGGUACAUGAAGAAGAGGAAUGAAAGGAACUUCAGCAAGAAAAUCAAGUAUGCUUGUCGCAAAACUCUAGCAGAUAGUCGUCCUCGGGUGAGAGGAAGAUUCGCGAAGAACGAUGAGCUUGGAGAGGCAUCUAGGCCUUCUUCUAGCACCCAUGAUGAUGACGAUGAGGAUGAACAGGUUGCAGUGAAGGAGGAGAUGGAUUCUUCAGAUAUCUUUGCUCAUAUCAGCGGCUUAAAUUCCUUCAAAUGCAACUAUCCGAUCCAAUCAUGGAUCGGACCAGCCUCGGGAUAUUGAUUGUGCCUGCAAUAAGCAAUUUUGGAAGACCCCGGUUCAAUCAGGAUUUGACUUUUUCCAGGUUCGGGGAAGGAAAUGAGCGAGGUCUUGGUAGGAAGAUGAUAGUUUCAACUAGGCUAACGCCAGAGUGCAGUGAGAACCUAGCUUGUUCUUCUUUUUGCCCUUUCUUCGUUUGAUAUUGCAAUUGACAGUUUACAAAGAGAAAAUCCAGAUGAUUUGAGCAAGGAA